CGGGUACGUUACGUACUACGUUUUGAAAAAUCACGAAAAUCACGACGAAACGGUCACAUCAGGACGCAGUGAAAUUUUGUUUUGUAAAAAUGUCAUUUUCCGCCACCGGUGAUUGCCAAUUAGUUUCGCAAAUUUAUCAGUACAGGAGCCAUCGCGUCGCGUGCACUUUUAAAGUUCUGCCGACACCUGUGACCCAUUUUAAGCGGGAACCCAAGAAUGUUUUCCACUGGAUGACCGCGGAUCGCUGGGGCCGCAUUGAGAGUGGUCUGUGGCGCCUGUUCGAGAACCUGAAGCACUGGCAGGAGGCCCACAAGCUGGACACCGAUCUCCUCAUCGAUCACAUCAAUGUGCGCGUCCAGGCCACCAAAAAUCCGCAUCCUGCCACGCUCAGUCUUCUGGCCGACGCGGAACUGACCUCCAAUGACCUCAGCCUGGAUCUCCAACUGCAGUACAUAACGCACGAAGACACCACCGUCGUGGCCGUCAUUCCCAGCAAGCGCAAACUUGCCACGGAAGCAGAACCCAACGGUUCCGGCCGCAUCACCAAUUUUAGCAAGGGCAAGGAAGCCAACUUGGCGUCCAAGCCAAAAGCGGGAGUAAACUCAAAGCCCAAGCACAUUGAUGCCGACGACGACGACGACGAUGACGGUGACAUUUUCGGUGGAUGCCGCCAACCGCCUGCCAAGGUCAAGCGCGAACGCAGAUCCAUUUCCCAGGGUGGCGAAAAAGAGAAGUCCUCCAGCAGCACUAGCUCUUCUCGGCAAGGAAGCCGCAUAAAGCGAGCCCAGAGUCCAGUACAAAGAAAUUCCAGAGCCAGCUCUGUCGAGUCGAAACCUGCACGCCGCUCCGGCCGAUCACCCAUGCGUCCGGGUCGUUUUAAAAAUUUCGUCUUAGGCGAGGCGAAGGGCAGCAAGAGCAAGGGUUCCAAGUCCAAGGUGAAACGUAUUUCGCCGUCGCCUGUUAAGGCACUGAAGGUGGAGCAGAUGGACGGAGCCCGGUUCGAUGCUCUGCAGCGGCUGGACAGCAUGCUGGACAUGCCAAAGCCGCGGGAAGUUGAGAUUUUACUCUUAAAGGAAUUGGGCGAAGACGAUGUCAUGAACACUUUCGAAAAGUAUCGCAGCGACUUUGAUAAGCUGUUCAAGGAGCGGGAGUUUAAGCCACGCACUGUCGGCUAUAUGAAUAUUGAUCACAUGGAAAUUAUUGACAUACUCAACGCGAACAUUCAUCAGAAGAUGCUCAAGAAACUGGGCGAAGUUUACAGCAGUCGAAGCAAUCACACGACGCUUCUUGUAAACGGAUUGCUACCGCUGUGGAUAGUGCGCCUCUUCAUGGACACUUACAAGCUAUCGCAUUCGGAUGCGCUGCAGCAAAUCCGUGACCAAACGAAGUACAACUCAUAUCUGAAGGCCUUCAACAAUGAACCAUUGUGUUCCGAUCUUGAUGACUGAUCCAAUCCUGUUCUACAUUAGCAUAUUUCAUUAUUGCGCAUUAGAUAGCUUUUUAAAAUGUGGCAAAUGCAGAUUCCGCCGCCGUUGAACUUGUUACAUUCCGAUUUGGAAUAGGCACUUGUUAAAAUUCAUUUGUCUUUCUUUAUUUUGAAUGGAAUCUGUUUUGUAUUACUCAUUACAUUGUAUAAAUACAUUUAUCAUAUGCUUUCGAAAAAA